GACAAAUCUUUUUCUCCAGAGCAGUCGUCAAGGACUGCUCUCGCUUUUGAUAAGAGAUCACUCGAUCUCUCACACUGCCAAGACACUUUAUUCGUGAUCGGAUAGGAGCAACCGCUAGAAUGCCUAUCAAGUUCCCACUUCGAGUCCUGCUCAUUGGCAAUGGCGGCCGAGAAAACGCAAUCGCGUGGAAGCUCAGCCAGUCACCCCAUGUUGAGGCCAUCAUCGCGGUCCCCGGAAACGGAGGCACUGCAACUACGCCCAAGACUACCAAUGUCGAGACGGUCAACUCUGAAGACUUCUCUGCCCUUCUCGAACUCGCCAAGAAGAAGAAUCUUAACUUCGUUGUGCCCGGCCCCGAAGCGCCUCUCGUGGCAGGUGCCGUCGAUUUCUUCGAAGAACAUGGCAUUCCGGCCUUUGGCCCCAGCAAGGACGCCGCCCUCAUGGAGGGCAGCAAGACCUUUUCCAAGGACUUCAUGAAGAAGUGGAACAUCCCCACCGCCGCCUUCGAGAACUUCUCCGACUACGAACAAGCACGUAAAUACCUCGACAGCGUGAACCAUGACGUGGUCAUCAAGGCUAGCGGACUGGCGGGAGGAAAGGGUGUUCUGAUCCCUACAACCAAGGAGGAGGCGCACCAAGGUCUCAAGGAGGUCAUGCUCAACAAGGAGUUUGGUUCAGCCGGAGACGAGGUCGUCAUCGAGGAGUUCCUGCAUGGUGACGAACUGAGUGUUCUAACCUUCUGUGACGGCUCUCGCAUCAAAUCGUUCCCCCCUGCCCAAGACCACAAGCGAAUUGGCGAUGGCGAUCAGGGUUUGAACACUGGCGGCAUGGGCUGUUACGCGCCUACCAACAUUGCCACUCCCGAGCUCAUCAAGGAGAUGGACAACAUCAUCCAAAACACCGUUGACGGCAUGCGCCGUGACGAGAUUCCUUUCAAGGGUAUCCUGUUCACUGGCUUCAUGAUCACGUCGAGCGGACCCAAGGUUCUGGAAUACAAUGUGCGAUUCGGCGACCCCGAAGUGCAAACAGUCUUGCCCUUGUUGUCCGAGGACACUGAUCUAGCCAAGAUCAUGGUGGCAUGUGUCAAGGGCAAUCUCGACGCUACUAACCUGAUCAUGAACAUCGAGCCCAAGUUCAGCACCACAGUUGUUGUUGCUGCCGGGGGUUACCCGGAAGCUUACGCCAAGGGAGAUGAGAUGACUGUGCAGCAACCACCCAAUGGCAUUAACAUCUUCCACGCCGGCACAAAGUUAAAGGACGGCAAGCUUGUCACUGCAGGUGGUCGUGUCAUCGCGGCGACCGCGACAGGCGACAGUCUGAGAGCGGCCGUCGACAAGGCAUACGAGGGCGUCAAGCUCAUCCAGUUCGACAAGAUGUACCACCGCAAGGAUAUUGCGCAUCGCGCCUUCCGGCCAACCUCGGACACCAAGAAGGCCCUCACCUACGCUCAAGCAGGUGUCAGCAUCGAGGCUGGAAACCAGUUUGUCGAACGUAUCAAGAAGGCUGUCCGCUCAACGGCAAUCCCUGGUGCCGACGCAGAGAUCGGCGGAUUUGGUGGCGAGGUCGACUUGACAAACGCUGGCUAUGCGGCGGACAGACUCACCCUCGUUGGUGCCAUCGACGGUGUGGGCACCAAGCUCAUGAUUGCCCAGGCAACGAAGAAGCAUGACACCGUUGGCAUUGAUCUAGUGGCUAUGAACGUCAACGAUCUGGUCGUACAGGGCGCGAGACCCUUGAUGUUCUUGGAUUACCUCGGAUGCAGCAAGCUAGACCCCGAGGCGCUGGCACCUUUUGUGGAGGGUGUAGCUGAGGGUUGCAGACAGUCCGGGUGUGCCUUGGUGGGCGGCGAGACCGCAGAAAUGCCCGGCAUGUACCAAGGUGACGACUAUGAUGCCGCCGGCUGCGCCGUGGGAAUCUUGCAGAACGACCACCGUCUGCCUAGACUGGAUGACAUGGCAGAAGGUGACGUCCUGAUUGGUCUUGCCUCGAACGGCGUCCACUCCAACGGCUUCUCGUUGGUACGCCGAAUCCUGCAGGAGGACAAGGUCAGCUACUCGGAUGCCGCGCCGUGGGACAACAGCGGAGUGAAUGUGGGCGAGUCGUUGUUGACGCCGACUCGAGUCUACGUGAAGCCCCUGCUGAAGGUCGUGUCCAGGCUCAAGGGGCUCGCCCACAUCACCGGAGGCGGCCUGUCGGAGAACGUGCCGCGCAUGCUCCCCAAGCAGCUGGCGGCCGAGAUCGACGUCUCGAGCUGGGACCUGCCCGCCGUCUUCAAGUGGCUGAAGAAGGCAGGCAACGUCGAGGCGGCCGAGAUGGCUAGGGCCUUCAACACCGGUGUCGGCAUGGUGGCGGUCCUGGACUCGUCCGAGGUCGACGAGGUCACUCGCAUCCUCAAGGAGGAAGGAGAGACCGUUUACAAGAUCGGCAAGCUGGUCUCGCGUUCGGGUGAGGGGUGCGUUCUCAAGGGUUUGGAAUCAUGGAACUAAAGGAAAGGCGGUCAAAUGGAGUUUUAGAGAAAUGGUCAACUCGGGUAUCUAGAUAUUAAAAAAAAGAAUGGGUAGAGUGAAAUUGACAUGCAAGAAAAUGACAAACUCAGGCUGUAC